AUGAGCUUAUUAUUGGUGUUGGACGUCGUCGUUUUGUCAUUCAUCACCGCCCUUCUCCUCCUCUCGGUUUUCUCUCUCUGUUUCAUCUUCCACCUCUGUUUCAAGUCCAGAACCUCUCACCAUCUCCAGCGAUUCAACUCGCUCUGGACCGUCCGAUUCCUACUCGUCCUCUCCAUCACUUUCUGGGCCCUCAACGAGCUUCUCCGGCUACCUCUCCUCCUCCGCCGCACCGCAAAACACCUCUCCCAACCCCAACAAGCCACCCUCUGCAAAAUCCACGUGGCUCUCUCCCUCGGCUUCUUCGAGCCGGCUUUCUUGGUCACCCUCCUCUUCCUCGUCGAUGUCUCCGUCAAGAAAGAGACCCCAAACGGCCGAUGGGCCGCCGCCUCCGUUCUCCUCAUGACUCUCCCGCUGCUCAUCCUCCAGAUCAUCGUUCUCUUCUUCUUCGCCGAGUUCGAAGCGGUAACGCUCCGUUUCCCUGACUACUUCGUCAGGAGCUCCGUCGUCGUUUCCGGCGAGAGUAAUGAUAAGACGGUGCUCUGCGCCUACCCUUUGCUCAGUACGACGGCGUUUGGGUCGUUCGGGCUUGGGUUCUCGGCCAUGUUCUUGGUCUCGGCGUGGAGAGUGGUCUCUGUGGUGAUCAACAAGGCCUUGAGGUUGAGGAUUUACGGGCUGGCUUUCACAGUCCUCGUUUCGCUCCCUCUUCAGAUUGCGAUGCUCGGCUUGUCAGCAGCUUGGUUGCCGGACCAGGCCGCGUACGGCAGCGUUUCGCUCGCUGUGUUUCUUUUGACGUUCUCGUGCGCCGUUGUGGGCGAGGGUAUUUUAGUAAUUAAACCCAUUGCUGACUCGCUGGCUGUGAGAGGACAACAAUGUUUCUCUACGUGGGACCCCUGGAGAAGGCGACACGUGGCGCAUGGGACUGCCUUGGACGAAAUGGUGGUUUCGUGA